AUGCUAGAACUGAGAGGUGGUGGUCUUUCCGUCACGUUUUUGGUAAAAUGGAUUUUUCAGAACCAGGAUGUUCCAAUAACUACGCCAUUGCGUGUUCGUUCCGAACUCAGCGCAUCUAUGGAUGUCGAUGUUAGUCAUUUAUGUAUUACUAGCUAUAAUGAUGCUGUCGGAGGUGCUGAUGCGCCUAUAAGCAGCGAUUGGCUUAGAGACGAAAAUGAUGACGACAAUGAAAACAAAGUUGAGGAAAACGAUUCGUCUGUGGAACUCGAACACGGAGAAGAGUUUGAUGAAAGUAGCGAAAACUCAGACAGUUACGAUGACGAAAACGAUGAUCCGCGCGUUCAUUUAGAAAAACAAAAGCACUUCAAGUUACUACAAAAUCGUUUUCAUCGUUCAUCACUCGCAUGGAAAACAGAAUAUUUUAUUGCAAAUAAUGCAUAUGGUGCAUUAAGAAAUUUAGAAACAAAACAACUCAAACGAAACAUAAGUCGUUUACAUACUAUCAAAAAUCUCAAAAAUGUCUUUUUAAAUCUCUUUUUAGGCUCUCAAAUACCACUACAGCUAACGCGUUACGGAGCAUUUAUUCACCUUCACCACGCCAUUAACUUAUUAAUCGCAGCUAAUCCCACAGUUCUGAAUGAAAUUGGGGAUCAAACACGCACAUUGCACUGCAGAUUAUCACAAGACGGAACAUGGAUUGGAAAGUAUCUGAAUGCAUUUGUUUCCACGCUAAGCUGGGUUAACGCAGGUUUAAAAGGUAAAGUGUAA